AUGGAAGACAGCAUACUGCCUUCCGAGCUGCUCCGAGCAAUCCGAGAGUCCCUCAAAGCCACUGUCUUCACCACCGACGACGACCGUACCUUCGAUCCCCGAUCUCCCGCGCUCCGAAAGCUCGUGGAAGCUGUCCUGUUCAGCAGGAAAUUCGUAGUAACAUACUAUGCCGUCCUUGCGGCUUCUCUACUGGCUGUCGGGCUUUUGAGAUGGACCAAAAGACUCCUGCCGUCACGGAGGGCGUCGCAGUCGCAGAGUCAUACCCCCGCAUCCUUCGAAUCCUCGAGCAGUACUUUACGAGGCGACGCCAGCUCAGAUGAUGUGGAAGACUUUGAGCGUCGGCCUCUACUUGGUAAAUACGAGGAUACGCACGUCAGGCGCCGAACAUUGUUCUUAAGACUUGUCAGCUGGGCCAAUGCAGCUAGGAUCUAUCAGCCACGUCCGAUUCCUGCUGUAACGGCACCAGCCAAUGUAUUGCCAGCCAACGGCACAUCAGCAGCAAUCGGGCUGUUCAUCGGUGUCAACAUCUUCUACCUAUUGUUCCACACGGCACUCAGUGUACCAAUGCUCUUUGCUUUCGCCGAUCGCGCUGGUCUAUGCUUUGUCAUGAACUUGCCCGUUUUGUAUCUUCUUGGGGCAAAGUCGAAUCAGCCGGUCCAGUUCCUGACUGGAUGGACUUACGAAGGGCUGAACAUCUUUCAUCGACGCCUUGGAGAGUGGAUGAUCGCACUGGCCGCAAUGCACUCAUUCGGUAUGCUCGGCGUCUGGUAUACCUUGCUCCGGCCGUUGCAUUUUCCAUUGUCGCGCUUCAUCACCGGCAGGGUCGGGCUCCUGGGUAUGUUCACAUUUGUGUCAUAUCUCGCCAUAUAUAUCAGCAGCAUAGGGUGGAUCAGGCGUCUUUUCUACGAGCGCUUUCUGGUUCUUCACAUUGUUUUGCAGGUAACUGCACUUAUAUUCCUCUUCUUCCACCACCGCAACAGCAGACCGUACGUGCUGGCGAGCUUUGGCAUCUGGGCUCUUGACCGGAUUGUUGUUCGCACAUGCCUAUCAAGUCAGAAAUCCAUUGCUACACUCGAAGUAGCUGCCGAUCAGGAGACGGUUCUGCUAUACUGCGACAUCCCGAUCCGGGCUCGCCGAUGGUUGAGCAAGGUCACUAUCCGCGAGGGGUGGCUGCCAUCACAGCAUGUGUUUGUUACAGUGCCCGGUAUGGGCUAUGCUAAGCACAGGCUACAAGCACAUCCUUUCACCAUUGCCUCACCGGCACCGCCAGUAUCUCACACUGGGCCCUGGACACUCCAGCUAACAAUCCGCGCUCAAGAUGGCUUCUCCCGAGAGCUCCUCGAGUACGCCAAAUUCCAUCAACACACCGAAGUCCUUCUUGAUGGGCCGUACGGGUCAACUGAAACCCUUGAUGCCACAAAGAAGGCGGACAGGGUCUGUCUGGUCGCAGGAGGCAGUGGCAUUGCCGUCACCUACCCCCUGGCAUGGAGCUUGCACGUCGAAUCCUGGGCUGACUCUCUGCUGAACCGGCGAACGAUCUAUGCUAACGGGCAACUCGUCAAGUCUUCGAUCACUAGCUUCAGACCACUGAACUCGAAGCAUUCGCAUAUCUGGGUCAGACAGGAUGCCGGUAGUGACGAAUGGCUUACGACCUUCCCUCGCUACGACACUAUCAGAGGGCAAAGCAGGAUGCCAAUGACCUCAGCACGCAAUGUCGAGGCAGACGGUAAGGUUGCGGCGGAUCUGGUCGACGCCAAGUUCGAGACCGGCGGGGUUCAUGGGCAUCGUCCAGACCUGCGAUCCGAACUACGUGCGUGGGUGGAGGACGUCUCUCCUACCCUGUUACAGACCGACACCCCAACGACGAAACGUGAGAAGCUCGUCGUCGUCUGCAGCGGGCCGGAAAGCUUGGUUCGAGACGUUCGCAACAGUGUGGCUUCGCUUGUACAUUGGGGCUGGAAUAUAGACGUGCACGUGGAGAAAUUCGGAUGGUAG